GGCAUGAUGGAGGCCAAUUUUGUCACCGCUUCGGUGGUCCUGGUGGACUCCAUCGCUUUGGUUGGCCCCCUGCGCCGCCCUACUCUCUCCGUCGACAUCCUUGCUGGCAGUAAGACCACAGCUGGUGGCGCUAUGGUUCCCUUGGCUGUUGUGGACGCCCUGAUCAUGGGCAGCCAAGAAGCGCCACCGGCUUUGGCUGUGGCUCCUCUGGAGGCUGGCCUGCCUCUAGCCUCUCCGGCAUGCCCUCAGCCGAUGCAGCUGCUCGCCGAUAUCAGAGGUUCUGAAUCACAUGAAGGACUUAAUUGAGUUCAGCCCCAACAACGCAGAGCAUGCAUGAUGCUAAGGGGUUGAUCAAAACGGAAGCAAGUACCCAUAAUUAGCAUGAUUACUGGACAGUGUUAUGCAGACAUGCUUUGUUUCAAUCGACCUCUAUUGUAUUGUCCACAAUUCCAGAAUUGCUAAGAUUGCAUGGUACUUGAUUCCGCUGUUUCAGUCCCUUUCUGGUUUAUAAUCAGUUCAGUACCUUGUGGCUGUGGUCAUGGUUCA